AUGAGGUCAAAUGUAGUCAAGGUCGAGCAAAGUCGGAUUUGCUGUCGUGACGACAUCUUGAACCAUGCCGCUGGGCAACCUUUGAACCACGUUGAAGAACAAGGUGCAAAACCAUCGCUCAAUACCAUCCAAAGGCUACAUUCGAAGACCACCUCCGCCAAUACCGUGAUCCGUGAUCUUUUGCCUGACAUUACGACAUUUACGAUACCAUUCAAUCGCUUCGCACCACUAGGCUAUCGCAAGGGUGUUGCCGUAGAUAACCUGGGGACUGCCAUCAAGCUACACGACAACCGUAUCCUCGUGCUCUACCCGUUACCAUUGGAUCCUUCAGUUCGACGAAAGCUGAAUAAGCUCCGUGGUGUGAACUUCAUUGUCGCUGAUUCAGGCCAUCAUAUCGUUGACCAGGCAUUAACGCAUCAAGACAAGAAAAGGGCCACUGAAUGGGACAUUCAACGUAUCCUCCCCCGCCACGGCGACGUUCUAGACGAAGAUGGAAACGACGCGUUCAAGUCGGCGUGCAGGUGA